GCUCUGCCGAAGCCUGCAGAGAGCCGCGCAGGCCGAGGCAGCAUGCGGGUGCCCGGCUGGGUGCCUCUGCUCAGCACCUUGCUCCUGGUCCGGCAGGGCUCAGCCCAAGACGGCUCUGAAAACGACGAGGAUGGCUCAGGAUAUGGAACAGCAGCAUUCCCCACUGCUACAGUGCCACCUCCUUCCUCUGUACCUCCCCUGUCCCCUACCCCUAUGAGCAGCCCCCAGCCAGGGCUGGUUUCUGCAGAGCCCACCGAAGGCAGCCUGGAAAUUGAAAGUACACCCAGCCCUGAACUGAGCGACACAAGCAGUAACGGGAGUCUAGAGACAGAAGAGCCAUCUGUCCUAACGUAUGCUGUGCCCGCAGUGGUGCUGGCCCUGCUGGUCUUACUGGUCAUCAUUUUUAUAAUAGUCCAUAACCGGAAAAAGUCUAAGCAAGAUGAGCUGGGGAGUGAAAACGUGAAAAGCCCUAUUUUUGAAGAGGACACACCCUCUGUUAUGGAGAUAGAAAUGGAAGAGCUCGAUAAGUGGAUGAACAGCAUGAGCAAAAAUGCUGAUUGUGAGUGUUUGCCAACUGUAAGAGAAGAAGAAAAAGAAUCAGUGGCCAAUCCAAGUGACGGUGAAUCAUGAAGCUGCACCAGCAGAGAACUCCUCAAAGGGAGCAGCACACAAGCUAACAGAGCCCAGAUUGUGGACAAACUGAAUUUAAACAGCUCACCACAAAAGACUGGAGAAGCAAAUGCUUCUGUUGUGUACUUCUACUUAUGAUCUUCAGAAGAGAAAUAUAAUCAGUUGGAAAAAUAAAGGAACAGUGCAGCAGUAAGACUAAGAAGCUCACUUAAUGACAAAAACAGCAAGAUUCAGCACUGGUCAUGAAAAGCUUCCUUUCCCUGCUGAAGUUUUGAAGAAGCUGUCCUUGCUUCCAUGCAGCUCUCCAGUUCUGCAUAGUGCAGCCAGUAAAAACACAUACACUCCAAGUUGAGCAGGCUGUUUUAUCUCUGGUUUGUUUUUAUAUACAUACAUGAACAAUACCCACAAUUCUGGAUUACACUUGAAGUGGGUUUGAUUCAGGCUGAUGAUACUACACCCAAGCUACAUUCAUCUCCCAAUUUGCUUUUUGGUAAUGGUGCAUGGAUUUGCGCAGGAAUUCUGCUAGUGCAGUACAAGAGCAGGACUGACAAACAGCAGCCAAAGGAUCCACCAGGAAGCAGCUUGAAGCCCAGCAAGUUUUGGUCUUCAAAUUAAGGACACUGUACACGUGAAAAAAAUUGAGGUUGCCUGACAGUUAACUGCAGGUGAGCACCUUGCUAAGUCUCACCACCCAGCCCUCCACCCCACGCUGUGCAGCUCAUCACAUCAGCCUGCUAUAGACACACUCAGCUUGGAAACACUUUUCAUCAAAGUAAACUGGAAAACUGAACAGUUCAUUACUAAACCAAACAUUCGGUAGAUUGUUCCUAACAAAGGUCCAAGGUUUUCAGGUGCAAUAAGGUUUCGGCUUUGGAUUUUUGAAUAUUGAACUUGGAACACCUGAAAGACAUUAGCUUCUUAACAUACCUGCUCUCCUUCCUUCAGUGACAUUGGAAAGUCAGACUGCUGAGAUGCCUUGGGUUUGGAAGAUAAAUAUGGUAUCACACCCAUCGAUUUUAGACAGCGCACCUUCCACUGAUGUGAUUUAAAUACACAACACACAUCUGACUGGAUACUUGUUUAUGCAAAGCUUCCCUCCCCCCACUGUAUUUAAAGCUUCCAUCUCACCAUGCUUUAGAUCCUGCCCUAUCAUAUUCUGCUUACAUUGUAUUUGAAUGUUCUUCUCACUCAAUAGAUGUUAUAUAUGAUCAGUUUUAAUUUGCCUGCACAUAUUGCAGUAAUAUGUUUUCAUACCUACCUUGGUUUAAGGGACCAAGUCAGGAAAACCACCAGGCACCUGGGAGGAGAGUUAAUGCUCACUAACAGCUGACAGAGGAGAGCUCAACUUCGUGAAUAAGAAUGUGUCAAUGCAUUUAAAGCUAACA